AUGGCAGAGCAAACACAGCCAGACUACCACCUCAUCGGAACCCACACCCGAUACUCCAGCUGGACAAGCCGUGUUGAAACAGUCCUGGAAUACUUCAACAUCCCAUAUACAGCCCAAAUCAUACUUUUUUCAGAAGUCAAACAAGUCUCCCACGCAGGUCUCGUCCCGCUUCUGCAAUGUCGCUCCCUGGACCAAAACAUUCAGCUCAAUGACUCUCUCGCUAUCUGUGAAUUCCUCGCCGAGUCCCACCCAGAUCUCAAUCUCUGGCCACGGGACCGACUACUCAGAGCAUUGGCGCGCAGCGCUGCAGCAGAGAUGCACUCUGGCUUUUUGACGCUGAGGAAUCACUUCGGCACAAAUUUUUUGGCGAAGUAUACAGGGAAUAUUCCUGUUUCCGAGCCGGCAAGAAAAGAAGUCGAGCGUCUCCUGGUGAUCUGGGAUAAAGCGAGGAGGGCCACGAAGUCUCGCUUGGAAGAGUUAGGCGAGAAGGAUGAUGGGUUUUUGUUUGGCGGGUUUAGUAUUGCGGACGCUUUCUUUUGGCCUGUUCUUUGGCGUUUCCGCACCUACAACCUCCCUCUUGACACAGCCACUCCCGAAGCUCUGGCGUGGAUGGAAACCAUGUGGAAUGACCCCAUCAUGAAACGACUGGCGCAUAACUACUACCGGCAAGCGGAGUUGCCCGAGAGCCGUCUCCCGCAUUAUGAUGAUAUCUUCCAUGGAAUGGAUGAUAUCCAGUAUGGAACGUUUCCGGAGAGUUGGAAAUUUAGCGUUCCAGGGAGGACUUAA